UAGAAUCGUAAAUAUAUAUAAAGAUAUAUGUAUGUUGAAGUGGGUAACAUAAUUCGGUAUAUGGAAAGUGUGGUUUUCUAACAGAUACGCAUUCGUCGUUAUUCAUCAUCGAUCACAGUACACAAUCACAUAUUGAUUGAUUCACUCACUCCAAAAUCGUCCGCAUCAUGAAUGUCAAUUGUGUUCUUGCAGUCACAUUCAUCAUACUUUCAAUUCACACCUUCAAUACUGCUGCUCAAAUAAACACGAAUCUAACAGCUACGUUUAGUAUUGGCUUGGUAAUGUCAACAUACAAUGUCAUCAAACAAUUAGUUUGGAUGCCACCAACUCAAUCGAACAAUCAACCGACCAGUUCAUUGUUAUUCAAUUUCACUGAUUCUCAAACUACACUGGAGAAAUGGAUUGAAGUAUCAGAUACAGUUCGACCUGAAGGACGAUCGAAAGCUACACUUGUACAACAUAUUGGAUUUAAUUAUCGAUCAGCACUAUUCUUCUAUCUACUCAAUCCUCAACCAAGUGGUGCAUGUUUUGCUGGUGUUGAUUAUGUGCUGGAUACGUGGAAUUUGUCAUAUUAUACCGGUAUCAUGAUUGAUCUACACAGACAGGGACAAAAUUCCAAUUUCAAAUUGAUCUUCUAUGGUGAUUGUUCGGAAAUAUUCACUUGUCCAUCGUAUGAAUCAUUUUUCGAGACAUCUGGAGAACGACAGCAGAUUUCAUUGCCGUUUACUGAUUUUGCAGCAUAUUUCCGAGGGGAACGGAAAUAUGAUUCACCACCUUUAAAUUUAACUCAACUAUCACGUUUCGGUAUACAAGCGUAUGGUGGUGUAUUUGCUCCGAAGAAACAAUUUGGUCCAGGUUCAAUUGAAAUAUUCACCAUUUCAACAUAUUGAGGAAUUUUGCAAUGUGAACUGAAUGAAAUUUGGGAGUGUUUAGACAUUUGUUCGAUUAGUUGAUAGAUUGUUAGUUUUCAAUUUUUCGCAUUAUCUUGUGUGCUAGUUUAAAGAAUAAAUGUCAUAUUUUUCAUAGC